AAAAAGAGGAAGAAGGAGAAGAAGCUGAAAGCGGCCGCGAGCGUUGGGGAGGAAGACCACACCAUGGCCGUGGACGAUCCGAGUGAGUGCGCAUCCGCGCAACCCGAAAAGAAGAAAAAGCGCAAACGGGACGAGGACGACGCACGCUCGGAUCCCAGCACCUCCAAGAAGGACAAGAAGAAACGACGGAAGGAGGGAGAUCUCGCAGAGGCCACGCAGUCGCCCGAGUCAGACCAGCCCGAGGCCGACGCAGACCAAGGUACCUCGAAGAAGGACAAGAAGAAACGGCACAAGGAUACAGCUUUGGACGCGAGCGAAUCAAAGACGUCGCCAAAAGUUACCAAAAUCUCUGGCAACGCGCCAUCUUCUGCGGACAUCGAAGCUUUCCUGUCGAAACAUGCCGUGACCAUCCAUGUUCCCGAAGGCUCAGAUCCCGUCACUCCUGUGCUCUCCUUUGAUCAGUUUGAUAUCCCCUCCGACCUCCAGUCAGCCUUCACAGGCUUCAAGGAGCCGACGCCCAUCCAAGCAUGCUCGUGGCCUCCUGCCCUGCAGGGCAAAGAUGUCGUAGGUAUUGCGGAAACGGGCAGUGGAAAAACUCUCGCCUUUGGCCUUCCCGCCCUCGCCCGCCUAAUAUCUUCCCCGACACCCUCAUCCAAGAAAGACAAAGGCACGACAGUGUCCGUCCUCGUCAUGGCGCCGACGCGCGAACUCGCCAUCCAGACACACGACACCCUCGCAGAGCUCGGAGAGUCUUUCGGUAUCGCGAGCGUUGCGGUCUUUGGAGGCGUGGACAAGGGCCCACAGAUCAAAGCCCUCAAGAACGCGAACAAGGACGGCAAGACGACGCGGAUCAUCGUCGGUACGCCUGGUCGGAUAUUGGACUUGGUCAACGAUGGCAUCUGUGACCUCAGCCGGGUGUCAUAUCUAGUCCUCGACGAGGCAGACCGCAUGCUGGACAAAGGGUUCGAGAAUGACAUACGCUCCAUCAUCGGGCACGCCAAGCAAGGAGCCGAACGUCAAACCCUCAUGUUCAGUGCAACAUGGCCUGACGCUGUCCGAAGAUUGGCCUCAACGUUCCAACGAGACCCUGUCCGCGUCACGGUCGGCAGUGACGACCUCACAGCAAACAGCCGCGUAGAGCAGGUUGUCGAAGUCUUCGACGACUCACGGUCCAAGGACCAACGCCUCCUCAAUCAACUCCGCAGCGCCUCGCACAAAAAGUCCGGCUCCCCCGAAGACGCGCGCAUUCUCGUCUUCGCGCUCUAUAAAAAGGAGGCCACGCGCGUCGAGGGCAUGCUCCGGAGCAAUGGCUACUCCGUCACUGGCCUGCACGGCGAUAUGUCGCAGGCGGCACGCAUGGAAGCCCUCCAGAACUUCAAGAGUGGCCGGACGGGCCUGCUCGUCGCGACGGACGUCGCCGCGCGCGGACUCGACAUCCCGAACGUCGGGGUGGUCAUUAACUACACGUUCCCCCUCACUAUCGAGGACUACAUCCACCGAAUUGGGCGGACGGGCCGUGGAGGCAAGUCGGGCAAGUCGAUCACGUUCUUCACGGGUGAUAACCACGAGCGCGCGUUGGCGGGCGAGCUGGCGAGGGUGCUCAGAGAGAGCGGGUUUGAGUGCGAGGGGCUGAGAAAGUUUCCGAUGACGAUCAAGAAGAAGACGCAUAGCGUAUACGGCGCGUUCUUCAAGGAUGACAUCCCCGUACCCACUGGUCCUACCAAGAUCACCUUCGACUAG